AUCACGCACAUUCUCCAUCGGAUGCUGGCGGCAGAGGGAUUUUUCAUCUGGGCUUGCAGUUCAAGACGACAAGCAGAGGAUGCUACCUAUUUACCUGUACCUGACCUGGAACCACAAGUACUGGAGCAAACGGGGACUGACCACGGCUCGACCGCUUACAGUGCUCGGCACGUAUCCUGGUCUGCUUACCCGAAAAAGCAACUUGGUUAUUGAUAUCCAGAAAAUCUACGACAAGUACAAAGGGAAACAUCGAGCUGUAGGUGUUUUUGUGACGCGCCAACCUCAGAUCCUAAUACUUGAUCCGGAGCUGGCUCACGACGUUCUUGUUGGAAAUUAUCGAUGUUUCAAGGAUUCGCUGACCAGCUCGUACAUAAGGCAUGCUAAACAGGACAAGUACGCCCGCCUCAACCCGUUUUGGGCCUCUGGCGAAUCUUGGCGAAGGCUUCGCUCCGAGGCCCAAGCUGGCCUUUCGGGUGUUCGCCUUAAACACGCCUAUGCCAUUUGGAAGCAAGGCGGGAAAAUGCUGAUCUACUACAUCGCCCAGCAGGUGGAUCACAACAAUAUCCUUGAGACGAGAGAUCUGUGUUUUCGUUAUACGGCUCAAGUGAUGGCUGACUUUAUUUGGGGCAUCGAUGCCGGCACCCUUUCCCGGCCCAAGCAGCCAAACAAGAUUCAAGAGAUGGCCACCAAGUGGACGAGCUACGCCUUCUACAUGAUUUCGUGGUUCAUGGCCACGAUAGUAGCUCCAGCUAUUCGCCUGCUACUGCAGUUCCGCUUCUUCCCCAAGGACACGGACGAGUUUUUCUCAAACUUGACCAAGGAGUCAAUAGAAAUGCGGCUGAAAGGCAGUGAAAACUCCAGCCGAACGGAUUAUCUUUCUCAUUUACUCCAACUUAGGGAGCAGAAGCAGGCUACUCACGAUGAUCUCGUGGGUCACGCUUUAACGGUACUGCUGGAUGGUUACGACACCACCGGAACAGCCCUCCUGCAUGCCCUGUAUUACUUGGCGGAAAGUCCUGCAGCUCAAAAAAAACUACGCACGGAACUCCUUUCUAGCGUCGAUGCAGAAAGAAGCAUUGACUUUGACAAAUUAUGUGCCCUACCUUAUCUGGAGCAAGUUGUCUAUGAAUCCCUUCGACUAAGUAGCAUCGUACCACAAUACACGAAAGUCUGCACAACUCCCACGGAUAUAAAGCUCAGCGAGACCAAAAAUGUCAGAGUGGAGAAGGGAAUGACGAUCAUGAUACCCAAUUAUCAGUUCCAUCAUGACAGACAAUAUUUUCGAGACCCCGAAGUCUUCAGGCCAGAACGUUUUGAUAACAGCGCUUAUCAGGAGCUUAUGCGAAAAGGAAUAUUCCUGCCCUUUAGUGAUGGGCCCCGUGUUUGUAUGGGAAUUCGUCUGGCUCUGUUGACAUUAAAAUCUGCACUGUUUUAUAUUAUGUGCGACUUUGAAGUGGUGCGGAGAUCAGAGCGUUUAAUCCCCAAGGGUGAUUCAGGCUUCGGCGUUUUACUGCAGGGGGAUAUUAAUCUGGAAUAUCGUCGAGUUUUCCAAUGAGAAUCCGCAAUAAUGUACAUACAAAGAUCUAUGUUAUAUAUAACAAGACAGGAAAGCUAACUUCGGGCGGAGCCGAAGUUGAUAUACCCUUGCGUUAAGGUUGUUCCAUUUCCGAUCGUUCAGUUAUAUGUCGUCUAUAGGAUAUAGUCGGCCGAUCCUUAUGAAAUUUGGCAGGUUCAAUUCUAAUGCCCAACAUAGACUUCGUAGUCCCAUCACUCUAGCUUAAAAGACACAAAAGUUAUGCCAAAUCCGAUCUUUCAAUUAUAUGGCAGCUAUAUGAUAUAGUCGGCCGAUCCUUAUGAAAUUCAGCCAAUAGGUUUUUUUUCCCAAAAUAGAAUCUGUACCAAGUCCCAUCUUUCUAACUUAAAAAACACCAAAGUAAUGCCAAUUCCGAUCGUUCUAUGACAGCUAUAGGAUAUAGUCGGCCGACCCUUAUGAAAUUUUGUAAAUAAUAUAUGUUUGUCAAAUAUAACAUGUGUGGAAAGUCCCAACCCUCUAAGUUGAAAAACAACAAAGUGAUGGCAUUUCCGAUCAAUCAGUUAUAUGGCAGCUAUAGGAUAUAGUCGACCGAUCCCGGCCGUACCGACUUAUAUACUGCCUGCAAACAAAAGCAGGAUGUGUGCAAAGUUUCAACUCGAUAGCUCUCAAACUAGUUUGCGUAGAAACAGACAGACGGACAUGCUUAUAUCGACUCAGGAGGUGAUCCUGAUCAAAAAUAUAUACUUUAUAGGGUCGGAGAUGUCUCCUUCACUGCGUUGCAUACUUUUGACCAAAAUUAUAAUACCUUCUGCAAGGGUAUAAAAAUAUGCGUGAGUUGUCGCAAUUAAGCGCAUCUUGCUUUCCCAUUUAAUAUUUUAAUUGUAUGUGCAUACAUAUGUAUGUACAUAUAUUGUCUGUUAUAAUAGUACUUAUAAACAUUUAAAUUACGAUCCCUGAUGAAAUACCAAUAUUAUUUUCGGAAAUAAAUAUCGC